AUGCCUGACCUAAAUGUUGGUAUUUGUGGGGCGGGAAUUGGAGGACUGGCUGCAGCCAUCGCCAUCAGAAAGGCUGGCGGUCAGGUCACCAUCCUGGAAGCCGCCCCUGAGCUUGGUGAGAUUGGUGCGGGCAUUCAGAUGACACCCAAUGUUGCUCGACUUUUGAACAAAAGGGGGGUUGACAAGGUUAUUGGGGACGACCUGGUCGAAUUUGAAGAACUCAAUAUGAGAAGGAGAGAUGGGACACUUGUGGGAUACACCAAGACCAUUCCUAAUGUACGGAAAAAUCUAGGUGUGCCUUGGUGGUUGGUCCAUCGCAUGCAUCUCCACUCGGGUUUGGCGGAGGUUGCUCAACGUGAAGGCGCGAACAUUGUGAUCGACUCUCGCGUGGAAAAGAUCGACUGGACAUCGUCGAAACAGGUCAACGUCACCACGGCUAAAGGCAAGAUAUGGACAUUCGACCUGCUCAUCGGCGCAGAUGGGGUACGUUCUGUUGUCCGCAAGAGUUUCAUGCCGCAAGUCACACCUAAACCCCCAACGGGCAAUUGCGCCUACAGGGCCAUCGUUUCGUACGAUCAAAUUCGCAAAGACCCUGUUGCAAAAGAGCUCGCGGAGAAAUUGACCAUGGAAGUCUGGAUGUCGGACAAAGCGUAUAUCAUCUCGUAUCCAAUCUCUCACGGCACGCAAUUCAACAUGGUGCUCAGCCAUCACCGCGACCAUUUGGUUGACGACGUCGAGGACAUUGAUAUGCAAGAAUUCCGAGACACCUACAAGGAUUUUGACCCAAGAAUAAAGCGUAUUGUCGACAUAGUUCCUUCUGCUCGAAGAUGGCCGUUGCUUGUAACCGGGCCCCUGGAGACCUGGUCCAUACCGGAAAAGAACGUCGUCCUUAUGGGUGACGCUGCACAUUCCAUGGUCAAUCAUAUGGCUCAAGGGGCGGCAACAAGUAUGGAGGACGGGGCUUACCUGGCACGGACACUGGCCAAAGUGGUAGAGGGCAAGAUAAAUCUUGCGCAGGCAAUAGAGAUUUACGAAAAAGGUCGAAUGCCUAAGGUGUACUUCAAACAGCAGGUGUCUUUCUUGAACGGCGCAAUAUGGCAUCUGCCGGAUGGUCUGCUACAAGAGGCUCGAGACAAAGCGAUGUCGGCCGAACUACAAGGGGAGAAAUUCAUGCGGUCUCCCAAUCUUUACGGUGAUCCUGAAACAACCAUGAGUGUGUAUGGAUACGACGCCGAAGAAGAUGCCGAAAUGGCAAUUAGAGCGUAUCUGGACAAACACGAACCUUACGAUCCCAAGACCGGAGUGACAGAUCGAGAGCUGAAACGGUUCGUCGGGUGGUGGUGGCCGAAGGAUAGGAUGCCACUCCGAGCUUCGAAGCUGUAA